AUGGCAACCCCCCCGAUCCAACCGGGUCAAUCAAGUCAAUCAGCCUUGGAUGAGGAAGAUUUGGCUCUGGCAGUGCAGCUUGCGGAAAUAGAAAUUUAUCAUGACAACGAUAAGGGAAAGUACCGCUCUGACGCGCCUCCUGACUAUGAAAAUGCCAUUCUAGUCUUCUCGGACGAGUUGACAGCAUAUAAAGUAUUCCUGGGCGACCGAAAGCUUGCGAAUAGUAUUGCUCGAGCUGUCGAGGUGGAUGGCCCCGCAAUAUCGGUCAUCAUAGAGCAAGAAAAGCAAGAUCAGGAGGAUGGACGUUUAGCAAGAGAGACAGCCGCCAGCGAUGCUCCACUGGAGAGUCUUGAAAUAGAUUCCCAGGCCGGAUAUCUCCGUUCUAAAACAGACCAGGGAAAAUGCAACUUGACGCCUCGGCUCAAAAAUACAGAUGACAGUGAUGAGAGUAAUGAAGCGGCCGGCUCCUCGAUCACAUAUGCACGGCGACAGGCAGAGGCCAUACAGAAAAUGAAAACAGAAGUCCAGUGCUGUGUUUGCCUGAACGACUUUCUACCACACAGAACUAUUCGCCUGGAAUGCUCUGACCUUUACUGUGAUGAUUGCCUUAGGGAUCUAUUUCUUAGGGCUACGAAGGACGAAUCACUUUAUCCACCUAGAUGCUGUCGGGUGUUGAUUCCUCUACUUCUCAUCCAGGGACAUAUGUCUGCAGAAGAGUUAACUCAGUUUGAAGCAGCGGCAGUUGAGUACAAUACUACAGAUAGGACAUACUGUAGUAACAUGGAAUGCUGCCAGUUCAUACCUCCGUCUAGAAUCACAGCAGACCGAGCGGACUGUGCUUCAUGUGGCUUCUCAACCUGCACGAUGUGUAAGAAUUCUUUCCAUCAGGAAGACUGUGCAGCAGAUUCUGCUCUUCAAGCUACCCUGGCACUGGCCGAUUCGAAAGGCUGGCAGCGUUGUUUUUCUUGUCGGAGUUUAGUGGAACUGGGUAUUGGUUGCUAUCAUAUAACAUGUAAAUGCAAGGCACAGUUUUGCUACCUGUGUGGUGCAAAAUGGAAGUCUUGCGCCUGUCAGAGAUGGGACGAACAAAGGCUAGAGGAGAGAGCCCAGGAAGUUGUGGACCGAGAAGCCAACCAGGUGCUACGGCCCCACGAUCGCCAACUCCGUGUCGCACGAAUGCAGCAGGAGUUACGAGAGGUCCACGAAUGUGAGCAUCCGGGGCGUUUUGAGCGUAUCUUUGGGUCCGGUAGGCGUCGGUUUGAAUGCGAAAUGUGCGGGAGUUGCCACCGGAAAUAUAUCCUUCAAUGCCGCCGCUGCCAUUUGCGGGUGUGCGAAGAUUGCAGGCGGAAUCGAAUCUAG